UAAUUACAAAAUAAAAUACUAAAAACUGGUGUUUUUCAAUUUUGUCACACUAUAAAGCUCAUCACGGAAUCCUCACCACGAAUCAGUUUGAAUUCGAAGUUCAAUCUGAAUAUGAAUCGCUUUGGGGUGCUUAAUUUAAUUGUUGCCAUCGGAUUGGUUGCGACAAGUGUAACUGAUGCAAUCGACUGCAAUAGUCGCCCAGAUUUUAAAAAUGCCAGAGAAUGCUGUCCCCAUGAAGAUUUUUCCGGCAAUGAAGUCAUUGCAAAAUGUAAGGAUUAUCUGAAUACAGAUGAUAAUUCACCUCCUGGUGGUCACGGUCCUGGUCAUAAGAAAAUGCAUUUCAAUACAUGCUAUAAUGAAUGCAUUAUGAAUGAAACGGGAUUGGUUGAUUUUGAAACAAUGAAAGUUGACGAGGCAAAAACCAAAACCUUUUUGACAGACCUAUUGAAAGAAAAACCUGAUUUUGUUCAAGUUGUUACAGAUGCUAUUCUCAAGUGUGCAGACCAUGUCAAGGAAAUGCGUGAAAAGCAUGCAAAUGAUCCUAAGCCGACAUUACCACCUGGUGGCUGCAAACCUUGUGCUGCUAUGUUUAUGCACUGUAUUAAAAAAGAAACAACUAUCAAUUGUCCAACCAGUGCUUGGAAGAACGACGAAACAUGCAAUAAUCUUCGGGAAUUUAUGAUGGUUUGCAAGCCCCCAAAUCAUAGAGGUCCACCCCAAUAAGAACAGACGAUUAAAGUAUGAGUACUUAAAUAUUUUUUAAAUAUAUUCAGUUUUUUUUUUUUGAGUAGUAAAUAAUAUUUUAAAAUAUACGGAAAAUAAUCAAAAA